AUGGCCGACAGCACCCGCAGCCGGGUUCGCAGGCGCCGCCUCGACGCCGGCAGGAACCGCCUCGGCGCCCUCACCGACGACGUCCUCCAUCACACCCUCACCUACCUCCCCGUCACGGAAGCUGCCGCCGCCGCCGCCCUCUCCUCCAGCUGGCGCCACCUCUGGCGCUCCCACCCGCUCGUCCUCAAGGAUAAAGGCAUCCCCGAGCCCGAGCGCGAUGCCCUAGUACCCCGAGCCCUCGCCGACCACCCAGGCCGCUUCCGCUCCGUCAUCCUCUACGACUGCAGGCUCGCCUCCCUGAACCGUGAGCUCCCCGGGUGGCCGCGCCUCCUCGUCGACGGGCGCACCCAACAACUCCUUCUCGCCCACCCCAGCCACCACCUCCGUGCGUCACCUCCCUCGACCGUGAAACAGCGCGACUCCGCGCGCCUUCUUCCCGCCGACAUCCUCCGCUGCGGCUCGCUCCAGGAGCUCAGCCUGGACUUCUGGACGUUCUCCGCCGACCUCUCCUGCCACGCCGACAUAUCUCGUCCCCAGCUCCAGAUUCUCACCCUGAUGAGGAUUGUCAUAACCGACCGGGACCUCGAGUGCUUGAUCGCUGCCUGCCCCCUUCUGAAAUCCCUUCGGCUCACCAUGAAUAGCCCCACGCAUGUCCGUCUCCGCAGCAAAAGCCUCAGCUGCGCGCUCGUUGGGUUGUCCAAGGUUGAGGAGUUCACCGUGGUGGACACGCCGCUACUGCAGCGGCUCUACUUGUUCCAGCAGUUUAAUGGUGGGGCAGUCAGGAUCGCUUGUGUUCCCAACCUGCGCGUGCUCGGCUACCUGGACACAAGAACUCACAAGCUGCAGAUUGGUGACAGCGUCAUCAGGCCGGACACAAUGGUGAGUGCAAGGACCGUGGUUCCAAGCGUCGAGAUAUUGGCGUUAGCAGUGAAUUUGGGUAUCUCCGGGGAAGUUAAGAUACUGGCCAGCUUCCUCAGAUGCUUUCCGAACGUUGAGACGCUGCACAUUGAGUCUGCACCGCAUAAGCCACCUGUAACUUCCAGUGAACCCAGUGGGGAGCAUCAUGCCAGGUUCUAUCAGGAGGUCAGUCAGGUUGAUUGCUUGAGAGCACAUGCCAAGAAGAUGGUUAUUCACGAUUUCCGAGGGGAUCAAAAUGAAUUUGAAUUCGUCAAGUUCGUCGCCAAGAAUGCCCAGGAGCUACAGUUCUUUCUGGUUGUUGUGUCGGACGAAGGGAUCUUGUCUUCAGCUGACAAGGUGAAGGAGAUAAAAGACGAAUUGCAGUAUGUACAGUUUCGCGCAGGUAUCUCUGCAGUGUUAUGGGAGUUACCUAAAGCAGGCAUUCUUUAUCGCUUGAAGAGAGCAGCCGAUCUUGCAAUCAACGACCCUUUUCAGUGUUGA